AUGUUGUUCCGCAAGACCAUCCUGUGGCGAAUGACCUUGUACCUCCGAGUUUGGUGGAAUGCUGCUUGGGCUGUAUGGACUUGGUUUAUUCCUCUUCUUCUCUUUUUUGUUCGAAAUCUCUGUAUUCUUGAUUCCCAUAGUGAAAUAGCAGUUCCACAGGCUGGUAUCUCGUGGUAUCGCCCCUAUGAACAUAUGCCCUCUGUGAUUCUCCGUGAUUCCCUUGUACAGGGUAGCACGAAACUAUUCCGUGACUCACCUGAUGGGAUUCAUGUGCAUCUCUGCGCCAUCAGGGCUAGUCUGCUGCGCCCGACCAGCUUUCCCCGACCAAUAGCAGCCCUAUUGAACGGUCCAUCUGUAUCUAGACGGCCCAAAACUGCAUAA